GAGGGAAAGCAUCAGUUGCAUUUCGCUUAGCAAUCAAGCACCUAAUCAAAAAUUCAAACUACAAUAAAAUGGCUUUCCGCUAUAUUUUCGUGAUCAGUGCCCUAGUUGUCCUGACCCAAGGAUCUUAUCUGUCCUCAGUGCAUCAGGAUUCUGGGGUGGGAGUGCACCACUCUGGAGUGGUUUCAUCUGGAGCUCCAGUUGUUGGUCUUCCACGGGGCAAUUCCGCUGCUCCUCAGCCUCAACGCCCCGUCUCUGCCCAUGGAUCUCUCGCAGGUCCAGUUGGAGGUGCCCGUCGAGUGAGCGGAGCAGGAGUAGCCGGAUCUCGUCCUCACGGUGGUGCUCCUCGUCGUCCUUCUGCUGGCGCUCAUGGUCGUCCAAUUGGAGGUGGUGCCCAUGCAGGUCGUCCCAUCGGAGGUGGAGCUGCCCAUGGAAACGCUCACCAGAAUCGCAAUCGCCUCCAGAAACCGUACUAGAAAGCUCCAUCCCAUACCAGCAAACUACCAAAUGAACAUCGAUUUUACGACCCUUUGCUAUCCUCCAAUUAUAUUCACAUAUCCAUCUACUGCAAAUAAUAACAAUUGUUAUAAAAAACAUGAGAAA